AUGGGGGUAGAAAACGGACAACUAACGCUGCAUCUCCAAUGGUCUAGGCUGCAACUUAACCCGUCUGAACUGGCUGAGUUGUCGGACUUAACCUAUGCAGCGAAUGCGGUCUCUUUUGAGGUGGGUCCAGACAGAUGGAUGUGGUCUCCGGAAUCCUCCGGGUUAUUUACAGUUCGUAACAUCAGGAAGAUAAUCGAGGAAAAGUCGUUUCCAAAUGAUGGUUUCGGGUUCUUUUGGAACAGAUGGGUGCCGCUAAAAAUAAAUUUAUUGGUUUGGAGGCUUGUUUUGGAUAGACUACCAACAACAACGAAUCUUAGUAGAAGAAAUGUCCAAAUUCCAGCCCUUGAUUGCAAGAUCUGCCAUGACGGGGACGAAACAGCGAGCCAACUUUUUUUUCAUGCAGACUGGCUCAAAGUCUAUGGGAUUUUGUCGCUGAAUGGUGCAAGUUGGGAUCAAUAUUCAUGCUACAUCUGA